UAGACUCUCACGUCAUUUAGCAGCGACGGCCGCUACACUGACUCGCACACAUGUGGAUGUUGCCAAAAGCUCUCCAUAAACUUUAUGUUCAGCAGGUUUUAGCAGCGGGGGGUUAACCUGAUGGCUUCUAAACGGCGUCGGGACGGAGGUGGCGACGCAGAGAGGAAGAGGAGGCAGAAGAGGAGCGAAGAGAGAGCGGAUCUGGGCUCAGUGCUCGAGGACGAGCAGGUGAGGGGAGUCGUGAAAGAGGCGUGGAGCCGGAAGAGCCGCUGCAUUCUGGGGGAUCUGGAGUUGGACUGCCACCCUUUCCCUCACUGUGUCAUCAAGAACUUCCUCGGCAGCGAGACCUUUGUAGGAAACCUGCAGAGAGAACUGCUGGCGCUCAACUUCCACGAGAAGUCAAAUGAUCUCUACAGAUUUAAACAGUCAGACGACUUAAAGAAGAGGACGGAGCCCCAUAUCGCCGGACUGAGGUCAGCCCUGUUUGGGCCUUUCCGCUCCUGGCUUGGUGAAGUGUUGGGGGUUGAGCUGGAGCCCACAGUAGAUAUUUCCUGUGCCAGAUAUGAAUACACAGAUGUUCUGUUGUGUCAUGAUGAUGAGUUGGAGGGAAGGCGCGUCGCUUUCAUUCUGUAUCUUGUGCCGCCGUGGCAAAGCAGCGAUGGGGGAACACUUGAUCUUUACACAACAGAUGGUAAUUUCCAGCCACAAAGUAUAGUGAAGUCGCUCGUACCCUCAUGGAACACGCUCGUCCUUUUUGAAGUUUCCCCGGUGUCAUUUCACCAAGUGUCAGAAGUUUUGUCACAGGAUAAGUGUCGUCUGUCCCUGAGCGGCUGGUUUCACGGACCGUCUCUGGAGCGUCCUCCUCGCCACAUAGAGCCGCCCAUCCCGAGGAGUCCACACCUACCACGAGAUGAGACUCUGCUGCUGGAGUGGGUAAAUCCCAUUUACAUCGACAUUUCCUAUCAAGAACAGAUCCAGGAGGAAUUUGAAGAGAGCUCUGAAAUUCAGCUAAAAGACUUCUUCAAGGAGGAGAAGUUCAGGGCGGUGGGUGAAGCCCUGCGACUCUCUCAGAUUCAGUGGACGAGGAGAGGUCCGCCCAAUAAGAGAUGCUAUGAAGCUGCUAAUCUGGACUCCGUGCCUCAGUGUGUGAGCGAAUGCUUGGAGCUGCUUCGUUCAGAGGCCUUCUUUCUGCUCCUCUCCAACUUCACCGGCCUUCGAUUGCACUUCCUGUGUCCCGCUGAUGAUGAUGAUGAUGAGAAGAACAACGAGGAGGGAGAGAAGAAGGAGGAGCAAGAGGAAGCAGGGGAGGCGGAAGCCACGUCAUCGUCAACAGAGUCUCCAUCAGUGAAUAGAAACAGAGAGAAGGAGCUGAGCACACCUACAUAUUGUGGUGAACUGCGUCGAUGGUCUCAUGGCGCCUACACUCUGUUGCAUGAUGGAGAGGCAGCACGAGCAGAGUUUGCUUUGGAUCUUCUUUUACCUUUUGGCUGUGCAGACUGGCAGUCAGAGUUUGGAGGCUUCUCGUGUUAUGUUGCUAAUGAAGAGGAUGAGGAGCUUCUGACGGUGUAUCCUGAGGACAACUCCCUCGCCCUUGUCUACAGAGACAAAGAAACUCUCAAAUUUGUCAAACACGUCAACAACAAAAGCUCUUGUGAUUCUGCCGAGAGUUCAACCUGCAGAGCAUUUUAUGACUUUUCUUUUGUGUACUAUGAAUAAAUAUUCACAUCAA